GGUUUCUCCAGGACUCCUGUAGCUCGGGGGUAGUUAGUGCCUUGAGCCUGUCCCGUGUCUGUCCAGCCCCCGCUGGGGCGCCCCAGCCAAAGGGGCUCCACACUGGCCCCCACCGAGGCUGAGGACCUGACCACCGCCUGGGAGCUUGGCUGGAUGCUACCGACGUGCAAAAUGGAAGGGUUCCCCCUCAUCCCCUCUCAGUCGGAAGACCUGGUCCCCUACGACACGGAUCUGUACCAGCGUCAGACACAUGAGUAUUUCUCAUAUCUCAGCAGCGAUGGGGAAAGCCACAGCGACCAUUACUGGGACUACCACCCGCACCACGUGCACACCGAGUUCGACAGCUUCGCCGAGAACCACUUCACCGAGCUGCAGAGCGUGCAGGCGCCGCAGCUGCAGCAGCUGUACCGCCACAUGGAGUUGGAGCAAAUGCACGUGCUGGACAACCCUGUGGCACCUGCGCCCACCAGCAUCGGCCACCAGGUCUCCUACCUACCCCGGAUGUGCCUCCCAUACCCUUCCCUGUCUCCAGCCGCACCCAGCACUGAUGAGGAGGAGGGGGAGCGACAGAGCCCCCCACUGGAGGUGUCUGAUGGGGAGGUGGAUGGACUGGAGCAAGGCCCAGGCCUCCUGCAUGGCGAAACAGGCAAGAAGAAGAUCCGCCUGUACCAGUUCCUUCUGGAGCUGCUUCGGAACGGCGACAUGAAGGACAGCAUCUGGUGGGUGGACAAGGAUAAGGGCACCUUCCAGUUCUCAUCCAAGCACAAGGAGGCGCUGGCCCACCGCUGGGGCAUCCAGAAGGGCAACCGCAAGAAGAUGACGUACCAGAAGAUGGCGCGGGCGCUACGCAACUAUGGCAAGACCGGGGAGGUGAAGAAGGUGAAGAAGAAGCUCACCUACCAGUUUAGUGGCGAGGUGCUGGGCCGAGGGGGCCUGGCUGAGCGCCGCCACCCCCUGCACUGAGCCCCAAUCCCCAGCCCACUGCUCUGCUGACAUAGCAUUAACUCCUUACCCUGCCCAGCCCAGGGAUGCAGCGCCAGGGGCCUAGCGCAGGACUGUGGUGAAGGCCAUCCUCCAUCCUGUUUCCCUGAACACCUGGCCUCCAUCCCUGGCCUGAAAAGAGA